AUGCCAUAUUGCCUCCUAAGAAGCGCUAGUUUUGCAGAUGUAGAAGUUCCAGUUGCAUGUAUCAUACUGAUAGCCUUGUUUGCCCUUCAACAUUAUGGCACCCACAGGGUUGGAUUCUUGUUCGCACCUGUGGUCAUAAUAUGGCUUUUGUGCAUCAGUGCUAUCGGUUUAUAUAAUAUUUUUCACUGGAAUCCUCAUGUGUAUGAAGCACUCUCUCCAUAUUACAUGUACAAAUUUCUGAAGAAGACACAAAGAGGAGGUUGGAUGUCCUUGGGCGGGAUCCUUUUGUGUAUAACAGGUUCAGAAGCUAUGUUUGCUGAUCUAGGACAUUUUUCUCAGUUGUCAAUCAAGAUUGCUUUCACAUCCGUGGUUUAUCCAUCCUUAAUCCUGGCAUACAUGGGGCAGGCUGCUUAUUUAUCUCGGCAUCAUGUCAUUGCAAAUGAUUAUCGCAUUGGAUUUUAUGUUUCUGUACCUGAGAAAUUGAGAUGGCCAGUUCUUGUUAUUGCCAUACUUGCUGCUGUGGUGGGAAGCCAAGCCAUCAUAACUGGAACUUUUUCAAUUAUCAAACAAUGCUCUGCUCUGGGCUGCUUUCCCAGAGUCAAGAUAGUCCACACAUCAUCCAAGAUACAUGGCCAGAUCUACAUCCCAGAGAUCAAUUGGAUUUUAAUGCUGUUAUGUUUGGCUGUUACUAUUGGUUUCAGAGACACAAAACGCCUGGGUAAUGCUUCAGGUUUGGCAGUUAUAACAGUCAUGCUGGUCACUACCUGCUUAAUGUCUUUAGUUAUAGUUUUAUGCUGGAACCAGAGUGUUUUCCUCGCUGUUUGCUUCAUAUUUUUCUUUGGGACAAUUGAAGCUCUCUAUUUCUCUGCAUCUCUUAUCAAGUUUCGUGAAGGGGCAUGGGUGCCCAUUGCUCUUGCAUUUAUCUUUAUGAUGGUCAUGUAUAUCUGGCACUAUGGCACGCUCAAGAAGUACGAGUUUGAUGUCCAGAAUAAGGUUUCCGUCGACUGGCUACUCAGCUUGGGUCCCAGCCUAGGCAUUGUACGGGUUCGUGGAAUUGGCUUGAUACACACCGAGCUUGUGUCUGGAAUCCCAGCAAUCUUUUCCCAUUUUGUCACUAACCUUCCAGCCUUCCACCAGGUCCUAGUUUUUCUUUGCAUUAAAUCUGUCCCAAUUCCACAUGUCAGCCAUGAAGAACGGUUCCUUGUUGGUCACAUUGGCCCAAGAGAGUACAGGAUUUAUCGAUGCAUUGUGAGAUAUGGUUAUCGUGAUGCUCACAAGGAUGAUACGGAGUUUGAGAAAGAUCUUGUGUGUAGCAUAGCCGAGUUUAUAAAGACGGGAAAGGCAGGAUGCAGUGGUGAAAAUGAGGGUUUGCCAAAGGAAAAUGAGGAUAUGGCAGUUGUUGGAACACCAUCAACCCAUAUGGGAGGGAUCCGAAUCAGUGAAGACAAUGUGGACAAUGCAAAAUCAGCUAGCACAUCAGAGCUGAAAGAGAUACGAUCUCCACCAGUGAUCACACCUCGAAAAAGGGUGAGGUUUGUUAUACCAGAGAGCCCAAAAAUCGACACUGUUACACGCGAGGAAUUACGAGAUCUGAUGGAAGCCAGGGAAGCUGGGGUGGCUUACAUACUUGGGCAUUCAUAUGUGAGAGCAAAACAAGGAUCUAGCCUAGUAAAGAAGAUUGUUAUAAAUUAUGUGUAUGAUUUCUUGAGAAGAAACUGUAGAGCACCCACUUCUGCACUAAGUGUACCUCAUGCAUCUAGUCUAGAAGUGGGGAUGGUACACCAUGUAUGACUUUUACUAUACAGGAAAGUAAUGUAUUAUGUUAACUUUGUUGUUAUAGAUGAAAGAGAAACCACUUUUUUAAACUGGUG